AUGUAUCAUCGUCAGGAAGACGAGCUUGAUCCAACUGAUUGGAGUGAGACUGAGAGCAUGGCCAUGGUGCCUGCUGAUGCUUCCUUAGAUUUCUUGGCUCAAAAGUUGAACACCAAGGAAAUUAAGCUUACAGAAAAAGGUGAUGAAGCCCUACAUCAAUACCAAGAUUCAAGGACUAGAUACUGCGGCCGAGAGUUCAACUCGGACAAGGACUUGGGAGGGCAUCUUCGGAUCCAUAGUCAGCAUAAGGCUAAGUCAAAAGCUGGAAUUCACCACAUGAAGAGUACGAAACUUUCCAGGAAACACUCUCCCCAAGAAGAAGACGAUAGCUUCGCUUGUUUUAUUUGCGAUGACAGUUUCUCAACAAUGAAGUUAUUGUGUCAGCAUAUGAGAAACCAUCGUGAGAUGGAUUCCAAUUGUAUUCAGCAGCCUAUACCGUCCCAAGAAAGCAAUUCUUUAAGUGAACCUGAGACCGCUAAAGCCGAAGAAGGGAUUGACACAAUCUCUCCAAGGAAUGAUCUGCAUCAGGGGUCUUCCAUAGAUUUGCUGAAAGAUAUACCCAGCUGGUCUCAAACUGGUAAGAGAGGGCGGAAGAGAACUGUCAGUGACAAGAUUGAUAACAUAAUUUACCAUGCGGUGCCUUUGAGGGUCUAUUAUGGACUUGCUGUUCCUCUGACAGAAAGGAGACUUGAAGACUCAAAGGAUAUCAACCAAAGUUUGUUUACAAGGAAGAAGCAGAAGACUGAAGAGACCAUGUCCUAUCAAGAUGCCUUAAUGGAGUCUGAAGUGGGAGCUGCUGCUGAUAGCGAGAGUACACUAGACCUAUUAGGCAAUAGUACGGAAAAGACCUCAAUGAUGCCUCAAGGGUUUGAAAAUCAUGUUUCUAACAAGUUCAAAUCCAGCUCCAGCCAAAGAAGAUUGAAGAACCCUAAACGUGCAAAGGCGGUGAAAAGUGUUCACCAAUGUGAGAUAUGUGGCAAGAUUUUCCAAACCGGUCAGGCACUUGGUGGCCACAAAACGUAUCAUCGGGUGAAGCCAGUUGUUGAUCCAUUGAGGGUCGAGUUAGUCAAGAGAAAAGCCAAAGAAGAAUUGUCUGAAGAAAGUGGUCAAGUCAGAGAGUACAUCACCAGAAUGCUGUUGCCAGGGGUAUUGUCCGCAGGAGAAGCUGAUUCGUCUGAAGAAUCUUAUCAAGAACGUCCUAAGAGGUUCGUAGAUUUUGAUCUUAAUAUCCCUUACGAAGGACAAAUUUCUGCUUGA